CCCCUAUGAAACAGUAUGAUCAUCGCUUCUGUCAAGCUCCUACUGUCGCCUACUUCGGAACCGGGCGCCGUACUAAUCACAGUGCAGCCUGUCUAGAUCUUGUAAUUGUAGCAUGAUCCAUAUCAAGAGUGUCCGCUCAGCGGCCCCACAGGCAACAAUUUCAGUCAAUAAAACUCACCAGCUAUUGUUCGCAACAACAUUGCCCUUGGGCAUCCCUCAACUCAACUGCCAAGUGUUCAUUGCUUCUUCUACGUCAUUUUGUGAAUCUCAACACUCACAAUGGAUCACCCAAGCGACGGUGUCCCGACAUGCCCCUUUUGCCCCUUCACUGAUGCCAACAGUGAUACUGUCGCACAGCAUGUGGAAUCUUGCCAUCCCGAUAGUGACAUACGAGUCCGUCACGGGGCCAGUCACCGAUCUGCAGACCGGGAUUUCAUGAUGCAACCUCAGCCAUCGAUCGCAAGGAACAAAGAAGACCUGCCGGGUAGAUACGUCGAGUGCCCUUUUGGCUGUGGGGAGACACUUAUAGGAGCGGAGUUGGCAGUUCACCUUGAUCUACACACUGCGGAGGACAUUGCUCUCGAGGAGGUGUCGACUAAUGCAGCAGAUUGCCCGGAUCCCACUAACCAUGCUCACGAGCUAUGUAUUGAUAGUUCAACUUUUUCCAAACAUCCACUUGAAGUAUCCAAACCACCUACCGUCUCAACGGAUGGACUUGAGGGGUAUGCUUCAAUAGGAGAAUCAAAGCGUCUUGGGAGGUCAGAAUUAGGGCCUCAUGCGCAUGAGAAGCAGAUGCCUUCGUGGCUGCGAAAAUUACUUGAAAGGGGUCCUAAGUCGACCUCAAUAAAUACCAUAUCGUCCAAUGGAAGGCUGGAAAAGACGGAAAUCUUUGAGAACGAAAUCACAGACGUGAUUCCUGUGCUGGCUCAAUUAUGUGAUCGAGAUACAUCUGUCCAGCGCGCCUUUCUCUGUAGCCCCAUUGUCCACCAAAUUUCGAAAACCCCUAGGGAAGGUGGCUUUUGUGGCUAUAGGAACAUCCAGAUGCUGAUUACAUAUAUCAAGAAUGCUCGGCUUCCUGGUUCUGAGUUCUUAACGGGGGGCUUGCCCACAAUCCUACAACUCCAGGAUAUGAUUGAGAACGCAUGGGAUAGAGGAUUCAACAGUGUAGGGAAAAUUGAAACCGGGGGCAUCCGGGGCACUAGAAAAUAUAUUGGGACAGCCGAAGCCCAAGCACUGUUUUCGAGCCUCGGUAUAGGGUGCAUAGCCACUAGCAUCGGUCGCACAGAGAGCAUGCGAGCUCACGAUGCAUUAUUCAUGAACAUUGCUUCCUAUUUCCGAGACGCAUGCAGCCUAGAGGUGGAGGACAAAGUCAUCUCCACAAGCCUGCCUCCCAUCUACUUUCAACAUCAGGGACACUCCAUGACAAUCAUUGGGUUCGAGAUCCGUGGCAAUGGGAGUGCAAACCUCUUGGUUUUUGACCCAAUGUUCAAAGCACCUUCUGCCAUGAAACGGCUCAAAGACAAUCCAGGGUUGAAUCCUGACCCGGUCCGAGUCCUUAAAGGAUACAGACGAGGUACCACAUAUCUUCAGAAAUUCGAUAUAUUUGAGAUUCUCAAAAUGCGAGCGACUCCGAACAUCAUUGUUACAGGCACGCCUGGUGUAGGAAAAACGGUUCACUGCGCACAGCUAGCCGAGGAGACUGGUUUGCGACACCUUUCGAUCAAUCAAAUUGCAAAAGAUCGGGGUUGUUACGACACCUAUGACCAAGAACUGCAAACAUGGGUUGUCGAUGAAGACAAACUUUUGGAUGCCGUUGAGGAGGAGCUGCUGAACGGCGGCUAUCUGAUCGAUUGGCACGCCUGUGAUCUCUUUCCCAAAUCUUGGGUUGAUCUCGUGGUGGUCUUACGUUGCCCAUCGACCUCCGUUCUAUAUGACCGCCUAACAUCGAGGGGUUACAAUCAAGCAAAGUUGCAAGAAAAUCUGGAUGCGGAAAUAUUUGGUGUUCUUCUCGAUGAGGCCCGCGAAUCGUUCGAUGAAGAGAUUGUGGUUGAACUAAAUAGUGAAAAGGAUGAUGAUGUAGAAUCUAAUUGUGCACGAAUUUCUGGAUGGAUAGCGUCCUGGAAGGAUAGCCAGGCAUUAAAUGCAGACUGACUAUUUUUGGAGUGUUAAGGUCGAUCAUCUUCGCUCCAAAUGGGCUUCGUCGGAGCUUGGAAAAAUCAGAUCAUGAUUGACUAUGAGUUAACCAGGCCUGUAAU